AUGACUAAAGUUUAUCUCCUAUUGUUUUCUAUAUUCAUCUUGACUCACUCAUGUUCCUACCUGUACAAUAAUACAAUAUUCCUAACGGGAACCUUACAAGAAGUUAUUAAUGUUCCACUUUCCACUAUUUUUCAUGUAAACAACUUUGAAAGAAUUACUUUAAAGCAAACCAACAAAUUCUUAACUAUAAAAUCUCCAAUUUCAAAAUUUUAAGAGACAGUUAUAGGUGGUUUUAAAAAUGCAAAAACAUUAUCUUAAAAACUUCAGAAAACCAUAAAAAGUCGUGAUCCAAUAAAUCACUUAACAAUUUUGGUGGAGUUAAAUGGAGAAUAUUACGAAGAAUCCAAUAUUGGGACUUAUUUAACCAUACCUUAAAUAACAUCUUUAAGCAAUUUUUCAUCAAAAUAAAAAUCAAUUUGCUAUGACAUCAUAUUUAUAGAUAAACUUUCAAUUGUAGAAUGCGAUGAUGAAUCAAAAAAUAGCUAUUUUAUCAUUAAGCAUUAAAUGAAUACUUAAUAUCUUGAUAUUGAUAAACCAAUUUCAGAUUUCCGUAAACUUGAUUAACUUGACAAUUAUAUGUUUAGGGGUACUGGAAAUAUGAUUUCUAUGUAUAUUGAAGAAGACAUGGAAUUAAAUUUUGUAAAUUCUUUAGAUGAAACAAAAUUAAAAGCACUUCUGAAAAAAGACUCAUUCAAAUUGUCUAUUGCAGAUUUUUAAAUUCAUACAAAUGGAUAACUAAGUAUUAUGAAUAAUUUUGGAGAAAUUAUCAUUGUUGAAUACACAAAUAAUUAGUGGCAAUUAAUUAAAGUAAUCGAAACUGAUUUAAAUCCUAUUUCAGCAUACGACUAUGAUAUUUACACUAAUAGUUAUGUUAUAAUAUCAUUAAAUAUAAUCUUGUAUUAUAAUGGUGAAAGCUUAUAGCAAAUACUUGAAAUCUAAAACUAAAAUACAUCAGAUAAAGUUUAUAUCACAAAAAAGAAUAUCCUCAGAUUAAAAAAUAAUAACAUUAUUUUGUAUAAUAAAAAAUUAGAAAAUUUAUACAAUUUGAAAUUGGAUGAAGAGCAAAAUUAUAUUAAUACAAAUCCACAUGCGGAAGGCUUUCUAAUAAUAGGGGAUACUAAAAUAGCUGCUUAUACCAUAAAUAAUUAAUAUUCAUUAUAAUUAUCAUUAGAAUCAACAAUAGAUUAAGAUUAUCUAAAGGCUAGUUUAUUGUAGGAGGGAUAUCCUAAAAAUUGUGAAAUAACAAUAUUUUAUAAAACUUAAGAUUUUGGAUAUCAGAAAAUCUUUUAAUCUUAAUAUUCUUAAGGUUUAAUAUCAGGAGGCAUUAAUUCAGAUAGUGAUAUAAUUAAAAUUAUUCCGAUAUUUUAAGGUUCAAAUUUAAAGUAUCAAUUUAAAACCAAUAGUUUAAUUAAAAUAUAAGUUGAGAACUAUUAGAGUAUUUAAUUUGCUGACUUAUCUGAUACUAAAAAUUUGAGCUAUCAAAAAAUAUUAACAGGAAAAGGGUAAUUCAGCUUUUAUCUGAUUUAAUAAUAUAAUAAUCUAUAAGUAAAAGCAUAUGCAUGUGAAGGAAUCCUUUAAAUUAGUUGUCAAAUGCUCUUUGAUAAAGAUACUUUUAUAAAAUUAGAGAAUUCAACUUAAUAAUUAUGGUGGUCAAAUGAAGGUUCAUUAUUUUUUACAAUUUUUGAAGAGAUGAAUAUUAUAAUACAUUAUUGGUCCAAUGAAACAAAGACUUUUUAAGUGUUAACGAAUAUUAAUUUAGAGAGUAAUAUAAAAUAAAUAGUUACAGAUGGUUAUCAUUUAUUCGUUUUGACAUAAGAAAAGAUAAAUGUUUAUUAAAUAACAAUAUAAGAUAAAGCUAAAUUAAUUAUGACAUUUGAUGUUAAUGCGAAUAAAAUCUAUGCAUCAGAAAAUGUAAGAAAUCUAUUGUUUAUUGAAUAAGGAGUUAGCUUAGAUUUAUAUAAUAUCGAAUAUAAUUUGUAAACUUUAAUAUGGUACAAUGCAAUUUAAAUUGAUAAUUUAGAAUCAAAUCUAGCUAUCUUUGCUAAUCAUUUUGUCAGAUUCACUAAAACUAUAAAUUAGGAUGAAUAUCUUGUUACAGUCUUUAAUUAUGCAAACAAAAGAAAUAUCUAUGUGGAAAAGUAACUAUAAUUUAGUUAUUAUUCUGAUAUUCUUUUAUCUACUCUUGAUUAUUCAUUCGAUAAUAACUUAUUUUAUGUUCAUGGAUAUAAUAAAUAAAUGUCUAAAUAAGUAAUUCUAGUCUAUAAAUGCGUGUCAAGUAGUUUGGAUGCUUUGUUUCAUUUGAUUGAUACAACACCAACUUCAUAAUUUACUGUAGCAAAUAACUAUAUUCUUAUUACUGAUGUUACAAAAGAUAAUACAAUUUUAGAAAAUUAUUAUAUUAAUGGAGAACUUUAAGUUACAACAAAACGAAAUCAAAAUUAUGAAUAAAUUUCAUAUACAUUAUAAAUUAAUUUAGAUUUUGAAGUAACUAAUGAUUUAUCGAAUAAACUUGUUGAAUCUAUUCCUAUCAAUGUAGUAAAUAGAGGAUAAAAUAUUAUAAAAAUAAAUGAUAAAAUUAAUUUAAAAUAUUUUGAGGAUAAUAAUUAAACUCAUUGUGUUAAUUUGGGAUAAGAUUGGUAUUCUGGUUAAGUUUUUGAUAUAACCAUUGAAGAUUCCUCCCAAAAAGUUAAAUUUAAACCUUCUUUGACUAUUUAAGAAGAAAAGGUUGAAUUUAGUCCAUAGAUUUAAUAAUUAAAUAAUGAUACAUUAGUUUAAUUAAUGCCGAAUAAACUUACUCUUAUUAAGAAAGAGGAUUUUUCAUUAAAUGAAUUUACAUUGGAAGAUUCAUAUAAAUUUACAACUAUCUUAUUAAUAGUUGGUGAAAAUAUAUAUGUUUAAGCUGAAACUUAAUUCUCUUAAUGGCUCAGAAUAAUUGAAUGCAAGGAAUAUAAAAAUUGUAAAUUGUUGGAUACUAAAUUAGAAUUUGAAUAAAGUAUAAAAACACUAUAUCUUCAUUAAAAUAAUUUCUUUUGUUAUCUUGGAAAUUAUAUUAAGGUUUAUGAUACUUAAGGGUAACCAACUAAUUUAGAAUAAUUUCAAUUAUUUCAAAUGUUUCAAUAAUACUAUUUAAUUAAAUAAAUGGAGUUUAUUUACUUAAAAGAUGAUGUUUAUUCUUUUAUUUCAGUUGAUACUUAAGGUAAUCUUGAAUUUUAAAUGAGGGAAAUCAGUAGAACAUCAUUAAAUAAUUAAUUUGUAAGAUUUUAGAUAGAUUAAAUUAUUGCUGAAUAAAAAAUUAAUUUAUAAGAAAUUCAAAUCUCAGCUGGUUUUGUAUUAAGUAAAAAUGAAAUUACUAUAAUUUUUACCAAUAGUGCAUCAUACUCUUUUUAUUAUGAAAUAGAUUGUACAAGAAAUAAAUUAUGUGAAAUAGCUAAAUUUUAAUUUAAUGGCUUAUAUUAAUAAUAUAAAGAUUGGGAAUUAAAAUCAUUCUAUGCUUCUUCUAAUUAAAAUGAAAAUAUUCUCUAAUUACUCUAUUUUGCAAAAACUCACUAUGAAUUAUUAAUUUAUGAUAUGGAAACAUCAAGUAAUAAUUAAAGACCUAAAAAUGUAAUUGCUCGUUUGGCCUCUACUGAAUUUGAAUAACAAUAUAAAGUUUAGUCCUUUGUUUAUACUUACAAUGGUCAAUUAAAAUUAUUAACUUCAAUCUAAGACAAAAACAUAUUAUAACUAUACUCUUUAUUGAGAUCUCAUUAAUUAUGCAUAGAUGAAAGUAGUGUUAAUGAAGUAAUGAAAUUUACUUUAUCAAAUACAGAUAAAUAAAUUAAUAUAGAAGAGUAGGUAACAAUUGAUUUAUUCAAACCCAUUCCUCCAGAUGAGAAAAAUAGUUUCCCUAUUUGGGCUAUUAUUUUGAUUAUUCUCGGCGUACUUUUGAUUGGAGCAGGACUAUAUAAAUAUUGUAGUUAGAGAAAAAAUAGAAAAUAGAAUGAUAAUAAUCUAUUAUUGGCUUAAUGA